UAAAAGGACGAAGCGGCUCGCUCCCGACAUGGAAUCUGCUCAGCUGCCCCGAACCCCGCUCGCUCGCAGGGCGUGUGGAAAGUGCCGUUUGCAGAAAGCCGAGUGAAGGAGACGGGCAGACAGAGCCCAUAGUGCUGACGUUGGAGGCCCAACCCUUGUGAGGUUGCAGAGGGUAAAUGGUCCGGCGCUGGCUGGCGCUGGCGCUGGCGCUGGCGGGGGGAGCCGGGCCGUGGGCGGGGAAAGCGGCGCUGGAAGCGCGCUGAUUGCCGGAGAGACGCCGCCCGUCGGCUCGGCUCCCCCCGUCACGCAGAGCGCUCGUGGGAGAGCCACACUUCUCGUCUGCCCCGGCCGGAGUGUGAGCCGUGUGUGCCCGGCCAGCAGCCCCACGCCCGGACGGUGCCGCGCCAGCCAGGGAGCCGCCCGCCCCUUUCGAUGGAGGAGCAGCCCGGCCAGCACCACCACCACCCCCCGCACCACCACCACCACCACUACUACUACUACAACCACAACCACCACCACCACCUCCAGCAGAGCCCCUACCUGCCGCCGGCGGCCGAGCCCGGCCCCAAGGCCCCGCCCAAGCCGCUGCCGAAGCAUGAGCACAAGCACGCGGGCCCGCAGCACCAGGACACGCCGAAGCGGAAAACAGGUUAUGGAGAGCUAAAUGGUAACGCAGGAGAAAGAGAAGUAUCAUUAAAGGGCCUGUGUGCUGAUGAAACAACCAACCCAUCUUCCAGGGUACCGAAUGGCAGCCAGCAACUUGUAGACACUAAUGUAAACCCAAAGCAGACUGUUAAGGCCAGCACCUUUGGGAAAGCUGGAAUCAAACCCAAGAACUUCAUUCAGAAAAACAGUAUGGACAAAAAGAAUGAAAAAAUUUAUGAGAAUAAACUUAGAGAAAAUCAAUCCUCAGACAAGCCAGAGGCAGUAUCUAUUCCAAAUGGUGUUGUAACAAAUAGUUCUGCUUAUAUCACUAAUGGCUAUGUAGGCAAAGGGGCAGAUAAUGAUGGUAGUGGGUCUGAGAGUGGCUAUACCACACCUAAGAAACGGAAAGGCAGGCGUAACAGUGCCAAGGGUUGUGAGAACUUGAAUCUAGUGCAGGACAAAAUAAUGCAACAGGAGGUCAAUGCCCCAUCCUUAAAACAGGAACUUGAGAGUUUCAAGACUGAUUAUAGUGAACAAAAGGGAAACCGAGUUGACAAUACUAAGCCUGUUUGGAAGUAUGAAACUGGGCCUGGAGGAGCAGGCCGUGGGAAAACUGGGGUUGGGGAGGUACAACGAAAAAACUCUGAUGCCAAACCUGGGAUUAGCAGCAAAAAGUUUGAUGACCGGCCCAAGGGGAAGCAUGCAUCAGCAGCUGCAUCAAAAGAGGACUCGUGGACCCUGUUUAAACCACCCCCAGUUUUUCCAGUGGACAACAGCAGUGCUAAAAUAGUUCCUAAAAUAAGUUAUGCAAGCAAAGUUAAAGAAAACCUCAACAAAGCAGCUCAAAACCCAUCUUCGUCUCUGUCUUCUUCAUCGUCAUCUUCAUCUACUGGAGAAACGCAGGUCCAGAUGCCGAGUCGACUCUCCCAAGUCCCCAUGUCUGCUAUGAAGUCUGUUACUUCUGCUAGCUUUUCGAAUGGGCCCAUUUUAGCAGGGUCUGAUGGAAAUGUAUAUUCUCCAGGGACCCAGCCACUGCUCACAACUGCUGCUAGUACUUUAACAUCAACCUCGUCUGAGUCCGUACACCAGGACAUAAGUACAACUUCAACAGCCGUUGAACAAAAGAAGUCUAGCCUUUUUAUCUACCCUUCAAAUAUGCAAUCUGUGCUUUUGGGCACAGCACAGGUAGAUCUGCCGUCUCAGACAAAUCAGCAGAACCUGGGGGAUAUCUUCCAGAACCAGUGGGGUUUAUCAUUUAUAAACGAGCCCAGUGCUGGGCCUGAGACUGUUCUGGGGAAAUCAGUGGAUAAUAAAAUAAUGGAAGUGACAUUUCAAGGGGAAUAUCCUGCCACUUUGGUUUCACAGGGUGCUGAAAUCAUUCCCUCAGGAACUGAACAACCUGUGUUUCCUAAGGCUUAUGAGCUGGAAAAACGGACUAGCCCUCAAAUACUUAGUGCUAUUAUAAAGCCUGGGACUGCUAGUGAGAUUGGAGUCUUGUCUUUGGAGCCACAUCACAUAGGUGACCUGCAAAUGGCAGACACCAGUAGCCAAGGUGCUUUAAUAUUCCUCUCAAAGGACUAUGAACUAGAGAAUCCCUUGGCCUCUCCUACGAACAAUUUGUUAGCCUCCGCCAAAGAUCAGAGGUACCAGAGAGGCCUAGAAAGGAAAGAUAGCUGGGGUUCUUUUGACCUGAGGGCUGCUAUUGUAUAUCACACUAAAGAAAUGGAAUCUAUUUGGAAUUUGCAAAAGCAAGAUCCCAAAAGGAUAAUCACUUACGAUGAAGCCAUGGAAUGUCCAGAUCAAUGAAGGUAGCAGGACAAGACUGCCUGUUAUAACCUUUCUGCAGCGUGAGGCUGUUCACAGGGGACAAAAGGCUUUUAUGCGCCUUCUAAAUCUUCAGUGCAGCAGAGGAACCAUAACUAGAAUCACAGGAUAAUAUAUACAAAUUAUAUAUAGUUAUUUAAAAAAUGGCGACUGAAAGUAAUUAGACUUCUUAAGGAAUCUGAAAAUUUAUUUCAACAGACUUCACACGUGAUUAUUUAAUCUCCGGUACUGAAUAGGUUUUUUUAGUUUUGUUUUUGUUUAAAGAGCGAAUGCAAAUGAUUAAUGAAUACAGACUCAAUUCACAAGCCUGGUUCUAAAGUUCCUGCUGUCAUCAACAUGGGCAACAGUGACCGUUGGAGAGGCAUUUCCACUUUACAAGGUUUCUGUUUCUUGUUCUGUGACUGUAGUGAUACACUAAUCACAGGGAAAUCGGGAUGUUUCACCAUCCUUCAUCUCCCCUUCCCCUCCACCUCCUUUUUGUUUUACUUUGAACCCUGUGUGAAUGCUGGAGAAACGCCUUGAAGUUUGCAGGGUUUCCUUUUUUCCAGAGAAUAUAAUCUGCAUGUCUUGCCAGGAGUCAAACAGCCCAUCAGGUGCUGAGAAAAUUGUCUUAAAGCAUCAUUCUUCUGGGGGGAAAGAUUGUAAUUCUGCAGUUCUGGGAUACACAUUGGUUUUACAGAGUUGACAAAACUCCGGUUACAUUUUGGACUAUUACAACUGAAGAGCUCUUUCAUGAGUGUCAUUUUAAAAGACAACAUGCAAAACAAGCAAUUGGUUUAGGCAUUUAAUAUGGAAAAAACCCUGUUCCCACACUUUUAUGCCAUUGUAUCACUGGGAGCAAAAAAAAUAUAUAUAUGCAUAUAUAUAUAUAUAUAUCUCCUGCUAUCAAAUGUAGGUGCUUCAUAUUUGCUCUGUCUGUCUCUUAACACUAAAUGUGCUUUUUUCCUGUUUUCACUGAAAACCUGAAGAGAAGUUGUUUGUGUUCUGCUAACUUUCAUCCUUCUUCAAUUAUUUUUUCUCUUUAGAAAUAAGUUCUAAAAAAAGAAGGAAAAAAAAAAAAAAAGGAAAAAAAAAAAAAAGAAAAAGGAAAAAAGAGAAAAAACCUAUGGGAAUCGUAACCCUUUCCCAUUUGUCCCUGAAAGCAAUGGGUGAGGGAAUACUGUCCCGGCCAUUGGAAAUAUUCUUUUAUAUUUUAAUGCAGUCUGUGUAUUUCUGAGCUCUUUUGCUGCUUCUCAUGAUAUCUCUAUUAAAAUAUAUUUUAUUACAAGAGCAAAAUGGGGGGGGGUAGGAAUGAAAAGUUAAAAAAAAUCAAAACAAAGGAAAGCUUUCUGGCAAUAGCAAAGAAGGCGGAAGAGUGCAGGCUCCAAUUGUGUAAUCCAUACUGUUGCGCUGCAGCUUGUGUGUAGCAUGUUAAAAAUGUGUUGGGUUUUUGUUUUGUUUUGUUUUGUUUUUUUUUUAGUUUGUUUUUGGUAUUUUUGUUUUUUUUUAAGGUGCAAAAUUCCUGGGGUCCAAUGUAAGACUGAUCAGUUAAUCAUUAGUGAAACAAAACAAGUUUUCUGCCCUGUCCAAAUUCCAUACAGACACAACUCUUAAAUAUUCUUGUGUGUUCACAGCUGAGUGCUGGCUAAAAUAUUUGGGCAUUUAGAUUGACAGGAGUUAGCAUCUGGUAAAAUCAGACUGGAUCCCAUGGGGUAUUAGGGGACGGAAAUAACCCCAUUACUUUUGCCCACUCUUUGUGCUUAGAUGUAUCUACUCUUUUUUAAAAAGAAAAUAAUUAGGUAUGUAGCAUGCGUGUUUUUUGUUUUAAUUGUUUCAUGCUUUUAUUGAGGUUGUUCCUGAAUGAAACUCUCAGGUUCAUAGUGGGACAAAGAAACUUUAAUUUUUCCUCUACCUUUUUAAAAUUGUUCGCUUUCUGCCAUGCUUAGUUUUAAAAGUAUAACUGUGGAUUGCCUACUCCAUUUUAUGUAUUAUAACACUAUAUAUAUAUAUAUAUAUAUAUAUAUAUUUAUAUAUAUAGUGUUAUAUAUAAAUAACUUACUGUAUCAGUCCAGGUUCAGAAACUUGUGGUUGGCCAGUUGCGGAAUAGUUCUAUUUCACCUAUAAACUGUAUCACCUUUACAGGUGUUUGUAACUUUCAAAUGUACAAUAUGUUUACAGAUGUGCCCUGCAUCUAGUCCUCCCACGUUCCUAUUUUUUAAUUCUGUUAAGUCUCCUGACUGCUUGCCAAAAGAUGGAAUCGCUGUUGGUUCCUCUGUGAAAGAGAACUGAUGCGUUCUUGAGCUUUAAAGUAUUGAACAAACUGGAAAAUAUGACUUAAAAGAAUGAGGCGAAAAAUGUUUGGUUUUUUAUUUUUUUUUUUUAAUCUUUCAGGUCAAUAGCAAAGUCUCUAGUUUGUUUUACAGGCUUUAAAGUUCCGCUGUAUAUUUAUUUGCCUUGUGUAAUCACUUGCCGCCUUAAGAGCUGGAUUCCAUAUAAAAAAGCCCUGUUUUGCUUGCGUGGGGUAUAAAGCUGUGCUCCCCACAACAUCUGCUUUUGGGGCUGGUGUGAUGCAGGAGCGGAACAGCAAUAUCUUUUAAAUGGAAUCUGACCCUUAGAGUUUAGAAAUGUGUCUUAGUCUUGCUGAGUAUUGAGGAAACUCACCUUAGCCAAUCCAGUGCAUCUUUCAAAUAACGAAAUAAGUUCUCAAAAGAAACAGAAUAAAAUAAUCUCUAAAUGUUUGUUCCUCCUGCUUUUACUCACACCUUGCCCCUUCCCUAGGCGCAUUGGUAUUUGAUGCAGAAACACCUUCUACAGUUCUCUCCAUUGUGUUUUUGAGCAUCUCAUCUCUUAAAAUAUUUCACCGUCUGCCUCUUCCACUCGAAAGCUCCAUUGGUUGUACCAUUGGCUUAAAGCAGUUAGGAAAUUCUCUUUCUGGGAGCCCUGUAGUUCCAGCUUGCUAACAAAGGCAGUAUUUCUGGGCAACAGAAACUUUGGAUAAACUUUAUUGCCUAGGGACAGGCAGGACCAUGGAAUAAACUUCCUUUGUGCUGUUUUGUAACACUUAACCCUCUCUGUGUCUGCAGUCUUUCUCCUUAAGUCCUCACACAAUUCUUUACUGAGCACUUAUUAAAAAAAUCUUAAGAGUUAAUCUGUUUUCUGAUUAUUUUUGUGUAAAUUUAUAAAAACAAAUUCAGCUGUGACUAACUUAGUCCAUUUAAACAAUGCUAUUGUGUUACUGAAUUGUCCUUGGGCUCAGAGUAUUAGUACUGUAGCAUAAACCAAAUACAGCCUAGAAAAGGUGCCACCUUCUCCCAUCUGGGGACUGAACAUGGUGUGAGGGUGCAUGAAGGGAGGUGGGAUGUGAAGACUAGGAACUGAAUGAAUGUGUGUGCAAGCGUUUUAUUCCUGUUUGGAGAACGAACUUUGUAUUUAUUUUGUGCCAUUUGUUUUUAUUAUACUGAGUAAAAUACGUUUAAAACAAAACCCUAAAGUACAUGUAGUAUUGGAAAGUGGCACUAAGAAUGAAAUCAUGAUCUAUUUUUUUAAUAGCUAUGAAGAUACUAAUUCAGGUUAAAGGCUUCUUUUAACUUUCUCUUUUGAUUGUAGGCCCUAUGAGUCAACCUACUCCUUACCCCUCCCCCUUCCCUUACCAAGUGAAGUUUUAUAUUUAUUUGACUAUUCCAGCACAAGAGGGGGUGUGUGUGCACACGCGUGUACGUGUCCUCUUCCUUCCUCCUAAGUAAAAUCUGAACCCCCCCACCUCUCUCCUUUCCUCAUCCCUCUAGUGGCAGGUUUCAUUGGGGUAUUAGCUGUAAUGUGUCUUGCACAAAUGAAACCUGAAUGUGUACCAAAAUAAACACGUGGCUAUUUCUCUUUGGUGGACUGAGGUGUGUUUUUGUCCACUCCAAGGAAUGGCUUAACAGUUGCCCUGUGUUUUCCCCCUUCCCUCCUAUGAUGGAGAUGUCUGUCCUUGCAUUCAGACAGCAUUGGCCUCUGCUCUCCUCAUUUGGUAUCCCAUCAGACUGACAGGGCUGCGGUUACUUUCAAGUAUUUGAUUUAAAAAAAAAAAAAUCCCAGCUCAGUUAUUUGGGUACCCUGAUUACAGCUGCAGAGGCCAGUUGCCUAGCAGAUCUGGUGUGCACCUUUGAGAGCUACCUAUGUAGUGUAGAUGGCUUCUGGUUUGGCAAGGCCAGGCCGAGUUCUUGUCACUAACCCAUUUUGAACCAUAAAUCUGACUGUUUGCCUUCUUUGAUUGCUGCAAACUUCUUUUCAAUAUGGAAAAGCCAUUUUGCGGUUAAAUUGGUAACUAUGUCAUGUAUUCAAUGGCUGGGGGAGGGGACUAGAGAGAGCAGGCUAUUUCAAUCAAAAUGAAAAUCACUUUCUGCUUUGAUAAAAUAACCUCAGAGAGAUGGAAAUUGUCCUCUCUAACUUUCGUAGGCAAUUAGUGUUUUUCUACCACUCCUUUCAAAGACCAGGAUUUUGAUGCAAAUGCACCUUCUUCAUAAACAGCUGCUAAAAGGUGGUGGUGGUAGUAGGAACAUUUCUUGAUGGUAGCAUGGCAGAAAGUUGUUACAUGCAUAAUUAUUGCAGGACAACUUGUACGUGGCUAAUAGUGUCUGUGUGUUAAGGUCUUGCUCUUUCUGGUAAUAGCAUUUUCAAUAACUUGCUCCAGUGUCUGGUGCUUUCAGUAAUCCUAUCACUCGGAUGUUUUUGUACAUGUUUAGUGUUCGUUUUCAUUAUCGAGGCUGUUUGCAAGGGAGGAGGUGAGCGGGGUUAGGAGAGGAGAGAGCAAGGCUAAAUAUUCAAGCUGCUACAAGAGUUUUUUGCAGGUGCACAAGGCAAGAUUCACUUGGUGGUUGCAAGAUCUUUGCUAGCCAAGUGUGGUGUGGCUGAAGCAGGGAAUGGUGGAGGAGGGGAUAGAAGUCCUGGCUUUUGGCACAGUAGGGGUAAUGGAAUUGUGCCUACCCAUGUGAAAAAGUGAAACCAGUUGAGAACCAUGAAUCUGAACUGAUGCAAAGGAUUGGAAGAUCUCCGGCUCCUCUACAGACACACUGCAUUACAGAGCUUCAAAAAUGUACCCAAUUUGUAUUACAUCACAGGGUAAAGCUGGCUUCCUUAUAUCCCGUCUAAAGUCCUCAAAGUUGUAUAACUUAGCACCAUGACACUAGAGUAGUGGAUGUCUGAGGCAGCGCAGGAGUGUUGUAUUGUGUGACCUUGUGUUCAGAGUGUAAUAAUUCCUCAGUGAUACGCUGCUAGGAAUGUUGGGUUGCUGUUGUGAAAUGGAAAUCUCAUUAAAGGAACAGAAGUCAUAGCUUCGCUUUCACUGGGGGAUACUGAGUUGUAUUUAUCGUAGACUGUUAAUCAGAAAACUUCACUUGUGUCCAGAGUUCUAAAGCCAUUUUGUAACAUAGCAGUAUCCCUUUUCUACAGCCUUAUUGAGUUUAGUAGCUUCUUUAAAAAACAAAACAAAACAAAAACAAAAAAACAAAACCAUUUUUCUUUCUGUGGUAUGAACAUUGUAUACUGCGAACAUAUGAACGUUCAGCAAAUGUCAAACUUGCAGUUUUUUCUUAAAAACUGUCUGCUUUCCAUACAGUCUUUCCUCAGGUGCUAAAUAAGGGUUCCAAAAAAACGGAUACUGCUUUAGGAGUUUCUGCUUUAUUCCUAAAAUACAUAUUUUUUUUUUGCUUAGGUGUUAUAAAGAUUCAGUAUUUUAACAAGAAUGUUUUUGUUUUAAUAUGUAAAUAAGAAUAUGCUUCUUUAGUUUGGUUUUAUCCUUUUUGGGCCUAUGUUAGUCUCAUUUAUCCUUUCGAGAAGGACUUUCUUGUGACCUUGAAGACAUUUCAUUAAGUGUUGCGUUUAAGAAUGAAUCUACAAUUGUUCACGUCUUGGAUUAAUGCUACUGCUGCUAUCAGUAACUCUGAAAAUCAAGAAUGUGAUGCACUUUUUACAUGACCAUAUAGUUCUUCUAAGGACGGUUUGACCCCUCCUGUAACACAGCCACGAAUUCUGAGGCUAACCUAGAAACUUUGGUGCUGAACCAUCUAUGAGAAUUACUAUGCAAUGCAAGCAAAGGAACACUGUGUAUCCUCUCUCCCUCAGACUGCUAUUGGAAAGGUGGGGCAGAUGCCUGAGAUGUCCCUUUCUCUUCCUUUUGGCUGGAACAGGGAAUACAGCUAAGAGUAACCUUAGGUCAAAGAAAUGUAGUUGAAGCAUAUUCUGGUUUUUAGCCAUGUAGAUCUUCGGAAGGAAAAUGCUGAUCGCUGCAAAAUCAUCUUUUUAAUGCUUAAUCUCAAUGUGAAAUUUAUGGUGAGGAUUAACCAGCAGUAUUAAAAAUCAGCCAAUUGUAGCUCGGCUUUUCCAAAGUUGUGAAACACUCUCGUUGUUUUUGCCUGGUGUCUUCUCCGGCUGCUCUCAGGCUGAUGGGGGAGCCCAGCUGGCAUCUGAGGUUCGCUGUCUUUUCCCAUGUUCCACUAGUGCAGAGAGACCUUGAGGUUGGUCUCUCUGCUUUGUUUAGCUACAGAACAAAAAUGUGAAUGAUUACAAAUAAAUGAAGGCAUACGGGUUAGUGAGAAGGGGAGUGUCUCUGGUAUCAUGGCACUGGCUCAUUUGACGUAGAAGCACCAGAGCUAUUCACCUUUGUAGUUCUCAGCCAGAUCACUCACAAGCCAUGCACUCCUGUUCCACAGGAGAGCCUGCGUGCCGUUAAGUGAGAGAUUGCUGGAGGAACAAAAGGGAAUUUACUUGAUCUUUCUGUUGUAGAAAACUUUUUUUUUAAAGUGGGUAGAAAUUUUUGUAGGGUGAGGGAAGAAUUGAGGGGUCUGAAAUUGCAUGUGAUCAUGCUUCUGAAACAUAAGUCAAACUGCAAUAUGGUAGGUAAAUAUAGAGCAGAGUCUUCUGCCUUCAUUAGCUUGUCAGCACUCUAUUUUUUGUUGACCGGUGUUUGCUUUUUAAUAUAACGUGCCUUGCAUGCCUGUUUAAUUAAAAAAAAUAUAUAUAUAUUUCAAAUUGUCAAACUCACCAGUGAUUCGUUGUGGAGCUUUGCAUUGGUAAUUCUGGACUUCUCACCCCCUUGUAUGGCAUAAUGAAUUCCCCCUUCUGCAAUCUGGGAUUGGCUAUAGUUCUCAGUAACCAGCUGGAUCAGCUGUCAAACGAGGGCAUAAUCUUAAAUUGACUCUGAAUAGUGGCUGUUUUACAGGCUUGGGGGGGGGAAUUCCAAUCCUAUGAUAUGGCACCUUUCCUAUCUGAACGUGACCCAUAUUUGUGUGUGUUUAAAGGAAUCUGGCUCACUGUUCUUCCCCUAUUCACAAAAUAAGGUGUUGUAAUGCUUUGUCUGCAGAACUGUGGAAGGUCUGGAAUCAACUACACUCUGGAAUUCAGGUUUUCUGCAGAGGUUGAAAAUUCCAUUUACUGGGCUGGAUUUUCCUCCUGUUCUUCUCUCCCCCCAACCCCCCUUAAGUUUUGUAAAGGAAAAAAGAAAAUGCACCUUGCUUAAAAUAAAAAGAAAUGCUUGUUUGCAACCAUUGACUAUAUUAAACUGUGCAAUUCUUGUUUUCUCCAUUUCUGCAUCUCUCUAAAUUCAGUCUCCCCAAAGUGAUUUUUUUCUGUUUUAAGCCUCUGUAUUUCUGCCACUGUAAAUGUGAAAGCUUGCUUGCAUUACUUUUUAGAAAUGCAUUUUGCACACUCGGGUUUCGCUGAAGCUCCGUGAAAAGGUUAGUCCUAAGCAGAUGAAUAAAGCUAUGCACAUGUUUUGAAAGUUUAAUUUGUGUCUCAUUACCAGAAGUGACUUACCUGUUCUUGUUUGCAUUCCUGUGCUAUCAUUGCAUAUGUUAGCUUUACCAUCUCUCUGAGGGUGUGACAUAAGAUGGCAGUUCUGUGCUGUCAGUCCACUAGCAGAAAACUGGUGCUUCUUUUAGUAGCCCGAGGGUUUGGUUUUGGUUUUGAUUAGUUUAAAAGCCUAAUUUAGAGAUUUAAGUUGGAGGGAGAAGGGUGUGGUGUGUCAGUUUGCUGGAUAUAUCCCUUGAUAUCCUUGAGUGACUGUGUCCUUUCUGUUAAGGACAUGAGGAGGUGUUGCCUUCAGACUAGCUGAGAAGCUGCAGUGUGGGGGAAGACUGAUCAGUUUACACUUGCUGCUUUUCAAUCCCAUUUGAGAGGACAGCCCUGAUUAUGGGAUGUUAAUUUGAAACUAGUUUAACCCAUUUGCUCAGAGGAGUGUGGGGUGGACUGUGUAGAGGGAAAACAAUUUUAAAAAAAACCAUUUAGUCUUUGCCCAUAGUGCAAGGCAAGAGACAGGCUCCGCUGUAUUAAUUGCUGCAGUAUGCGUGCAGUAAAUGGGUGACACAUUGGCCACAUUGAAGCUGAUGGCAAAAAUCCCUUUGAUCUCCAGGAAGCCAAGAUUUUUGCCCUGUGUCUUUACUGUUGUUUAUGCAGAUGUGUGGCUGUGCUACAUUGGUUUGAUUGAACCAUCCUUGAAAACUCUUCUGUGAUCUAGCCCAGGCCCUUGGUGUGUAGGAGUGGCUGGAUUUCAUGUUAGAGACUGUAUCCCAAACAGCUUUCUUCCGUGUGCUCCCUUAGUUGUGGCUGAAAUUUGUACUCAUGUUACAGGAGCUUUUUCUGUACAGAACAGGGCUGCUUUUCUAUCUGUCACACAUGGACUUCCUUCCUUCAGUGGCUCAGGCACCAAGUGGCUUGGAGGCUCUCAACAUGUUUACUUAGGGGAAAAUAAAACCACAGUCCCUCCUGACUAUUUCAGUGUUAAUGGCACUUUGAAACUGAACUGCAUACUACAGACCCAGAAAGUUGGGCUCAUACGUGUGGUCUCUCAUGGCAGGAACUGCAGGAGCACAGCAGGCAGUGUCUUGCAUGGAUAACAGCCUGUGCUCGUAUAUCUGCCAAUAGUUCUCAUUUCUUUUCAGGUUACUGGUAUGUAUUUUAAAAUCACAGCAGAUCCUGUCUUACCAGUUCAGGAGCUGAAUUACCUCUUCAUGUCUAAGAGGGAUAGCCCCUCUCUGUUACCGGUGGGGUAGCUAUGUACUACCACACACAAUGUUAAAGGUAGUUGUUUUCUUGUCCCCUUCCCAAUAAUUUGAAAUAGGCAAAAAUAUUGUGUACCCAGUUACAAACAGACAUUUUCCAGGUUGUGGGAGGGGUGGGCUAGAGCAUUUAGUGUAAUACGUAAAUACCUGCUAUAGCUGUAUCUAGUGCAGGCAGUUGCAGCCUCGUAUGUUAGAGUGAUGUCACGGAACGUAAGGGUAGAGACUAUCCAUGAGCUGUAAUGGCAGAAUAGAUCUUUACUGAAGAUGUCGUACUUCACACUUUAAAUGUUUAAAAAGUUACCUUAAUUUCAUUUAUUCUAUAUUGCACCAACUGGUCUUCAAAGGUUACCCAAAUUCACUACUUUAUCAGGAAGAAAACAGAAAAUUGUGUAGCUCAAAUACAUUGACAGACAAUAAGUGAUGAUGUAAAUUGUUGAAUAAAAAAUUUAAAAUUUA